UUGCAGGAGCGCUAUGCCACUUCAGAAAAGAAGAAGGAGCUGUUUGCCGAGGUAGCCGAUGCACUUAAUGCUUCGAAUCUAGCAACGGCCGGUAUUUAUACAGAGGAAGACGUGCGGACACAGUGGAAGAAUUUAAAAGAUACCUUUAAGCGAAAACUGAAAAGGCGGCAAGCUGAAGCAAACGCUGGCUUAGAGGAUGCUGAGCCAACUUGGCGCUUCUGGCACAAAAUGCAGUUUGUAAAAAACAAUUUUGGCCCAGACCGAAAUCGAUCCUCCUCACUGAAUAAGUAA